AUGUCUGACAACGAAGUACGUACACACACGACUUUUCCAAUGACCAAUUCUGAUAUGAAGAAGGGUGGUCAUAUUAUGAUAAAGGGUCGGCCUUGCAAGAUUGUUGAGAUGUCCACGUCUAAGACCGGCAGGCAUGGGCAUGCCAAGGUUCACUUUGUUGGCAUUGAUAUCUUCACGGGCAAAAAAUUGGAGGAUAUUGCCCCGAGCACUCAUACUUCGGAUGUUCCAGUUGUUCACAGAGCAGAAUAUCGGCUGGAUGGAAUCGAUGAUGAUGACGAAUACCUUUUAUUGACGGACAUGAAUGGCAAUACUAAAAACGAUGUUCCUGUACCGCAAGAUGACCUUGGUCUCAUCGUUAAGGAUCGUCUGGACAACGGUGAUUCUAGCUUCGUUACUAUCGUCAGUGCUAUGGGCGAGGAUGCAUGUAUAAACAUUCGGGAAGCGGAGUAA